GAAAUUAUAAGCGUUAAAUAAAAAAUUUCAACAAAGUUUUCCGUAUCCCUGUGCAGUGUCUCAUUACAAUCUGUUAAAAGCUGUUAAAAAAUGCUGAAUGUUUCAAAACUUGUUUUUCUGCUUGUCUUAGUCCAGCCCAAUUUUUCAAUGGAAUCGGAUAAAAAUGAGAAAGAUUGGACUUCGUUAUACAAUGAAUUUCAUUACAGUUCCUCAGUUCAGGGACUAGUAAUGCUCUUACAAAUGGAGCAAGAGUUUAUGCAGAAUUUCACAAUCUAUGCUAAUGUCCUGCAGGAGAAAGUGGACAACAUGAACAAUUACCUAGACAAUUUAAAGCGUCCCAGUCAUAAUACUCACAAUGAGAGGGAGAAGUUCGUUUCCAAUCCGCUUAAUGCCUUUGGAUUGAUCAGAAGACUAAAUCAGGAUUGGCCGAAAUGGCAAAACUAUGUUCAACAACCUUUGGGCCUUGUAGAAGACAACGCAAUGCAAAAUAUCCUGAGUAAAGCCCCUCAUUCCUUUGACAUGAACGAAACACUCAAGGCAAUGCAUCGUAUUGAGACAACCUAUGAUCUCCAGGCAAAAGAUAUAGCAAAUGGACUUCUGCAAAGCACACAAUUCAACUAUAAACUUGCAUUCGGGGACUGUUUGGCAUUGGCUUACCAUAAGUUUGAGAUCAAAGAUUUUCAUCGAGCACUUUUAUGGUUUCAAGAAGCUUUGAGUGCAAACACAGAUCCGAAUGAAGAGGUCAUUAAUGAAUUAUUGGGCAUCAAAUUAAAGGACUUUGCCAUUUCCAUAGCUACGCGCAGCAUUUAUUUGUCAAAUCAAUCAUUAAGUAACGAUACCAUCCAUAAAUUAGUAAUUACCCAAUUAAAAGAUGCUAAACCAAAAGAUUUAGAACAAUUGAUCAUCUCAAAACUGAAACUAUGGGAUAAGGAAAAAGUUACUGACUCUGAUAAAUUGGAAGCUGAUCAAAUCGCACAUAAUAUUGGAUGUCAAGGAUUGUUUCGAAAGAGGACCAAUCUUGUAUGUCGUUACAACUCAACCACAAACCAUUUCUUAAAACUAGCCCCCCUAAAAAUGGAAGAAAUAAGUCGGGACCCUUACAUUGUAUUGUACCACGAAGUGCUAUCGGACAAGGAUAUCGAGGACAUGAAAGGAGCGAUUAGGCAAAUGAGCAAUGGAUGGACAGCGAUAGAAGAUCCCAAGGAAAUUGUGGCUCGCAUCAGUUGGACAACGGAGGAAUCUCCAUUCAGGGCACGAAUCAAUCAACGCAUCUCCGACAUGACGGGCUUUAAACUGGAGGAGUUUCCCGCCUUACAACUGGCCAAUUUUGGAGUGGGUGGAUACUUCAAGCCGCAUCACGACUAUUUUACAGAGCGUUUAAGAGACUAUGAUGCCAACAAUACUCUGGGCGAUCGAAUUGCAAGCUUUAUAUUUUACGCUGGAGAAGUAUCGCAGGGUGGACAAACCGUAUUUCCAGAUAUCAAUAUAGUGGUAGAGCCCAAAAAAGGCAACGCACUAUUUUGGUUCAAUGACUUCGAUGAUUCAUCACCAGAUCCGCGAUCUCUCCAUUCGGUUUGUCCUGUCAUAGUCGGUUCCCGAUGGACGAUUACAAAGUGGAUACACUACAAUCCGCAAAUAUUUGUAAAGCCCUGCAGUCCAAGGCUGAUGGAAAGAAGCUCUUAAAGUGUGACGUGUUUCUUGGCUGACGUGCUCGAUUUUCAGGCAUAACAAAUUUAUUAGAGACGCUACUUCUUGUUAGAACUUAGUUUAUUAUUCCA